CGUUUCUCUCUCUCUCCCUCUCUCUCUCUCUAUCUCUCUCUGCAUGUAUCAUCAUAUCAUCUGCUGGCUGUUUUUUUGUUUGUGCUUGAGCUGUGAAGUGAAUGGAUUGAGAUAUGGAUAGAUCUGGUUGGUGCAAUUAAGCAUCAAAAUUCUGGUCAAAAUUGGAUUUUUAAGCAGCCAUGAAUCCAAAUUGUUCGAAUUUGUAAUUGGAUUUGGAAACUUCGAGAUCUAGUAGUGUAAAGAAGAAAUUGUGACGGAGUAAGGCUGUUUGGAGGUGGUUGGGAAGCUGGUGAAAUGGAAGACGGUGGCCUCCCUGUGAGUAAAUGGAAGGACCUGAACACUGACAUACUACUAAUGAGGAUUUUACAGUCUUUCGACAUCUUUGAGUUAACGUCGGGCAUUGCUCACGUUUGUAGUGCGUGGCGCUUGGUUUGCCGUGAUCCUCUGCUGUGGAAAAAGCUUGAUUUGUCGAUGAUGAAAUCGGAUUUCAUCAAAUCACAAGUGGAGCCUUAUGUCUAUGUGACAGACUCGUCCGAUAAGACACUGACUCGUAUUUUGAAGACUUCAUUGAGUCUCAGCCGGGGAAACAUAAUGACAUUGGUUUUCCAUUACAACUUAUUUGUGAGCGAUGAUCAGUUGACGUAUACUGCUGAAAGGUGCCCACAGCUGAAGCGACUGGUUAUGCCGGCUUGGAACAGAAUAAAAAAGACUGGAAUCUGCAAGGCCAUUCGCUGCUGGAAAGAGCUUGAAUCGCUAACAAUGCCUAGCAUAGCGAAUCCCCCGUACCUCUUGGAAGAGAUUAAAAGGAACUGCAAAAAUUUCAGUGAACUGAAGAUCAUGGGUCCUUGUGAUAUGUUCUUUGCUUCAACACUAGUUGAACAUCUUCCACAACUGAAGGUGCUAAGCCUCCGGUGCACGACGCUCUUAAAGGAUGUUUUGAUCUUCAUCUUGGAUCACCUAGAACACCUGGAAGUUCUCAACAUCUCACAUUGCCGUCUAAUCGAAAUUCCUCCGCCUCCUGCAACUAGGAGACUUGUCAGAAAUCUCGAUCCGCUUAUUCUCGAGAAGGCCUCUCGGUUGCAAAGAUUUUUAACAUGCAUGCAGGACUCUUGCGUGAUGUGCCAAAGGACCAAAAACGACGAGGGAAUCAUGAGGUGGUAUAAUUACGAAGGGCUAUGGAAAGAAGAUGAGGUGAGCUCCCUAGCUUGUUGAUUACAGCAAGAGAAUGUGACUGUAACUUUUCGUGUGGGUUAGAAACUAUAGCUUGCUUUUGUAAUCUUUGAUGACUGUAUUGCCUUGUGAACGAAUAAAACUCCGUCUCCUCUCUACAUGAUGAAGAGGUUUUCUUUUCGUUCUAAUUAAUGUGUUAAUACUGUACAUAAUGUGAUUACUGUAAUUAAUUAAACCGAGGACUCUUGCGAGA